GGAAAGAGGAACAGCACCAGAGCGCGGACGAGAGGACGGAUCGACCGAGUGUGGGCGAGGUGGUGGUUGCGGGAGAUCACGGCGCUGAUGCUGCAUCGGCGUGAGGAGGAUCGACAAGUGCGCUGCGGAGGACGAUUUUGGUGUGGUUGCUGGACUCGCCGCCGACGGACAAUCACGAGCAAGAUGACCACGGAGCUUGACGCGCAGGGGCUUCGGGGAGCAGAAGGCCCGCCAGGCUGUGGCGCGUGCGAAGGCGGCGAGGGCCGCGGGGCCGCGGAGCCCGCGACUGGCGGCCGCGCGUGCUCGCCUACAGAAUGGUCGUCGACCAUCAGAGCAGUCAGCAGGAAUGAAGAAGUCUUGCGGGAAAGGAGUCCCGGAUUUGUUUCGCCGUUUUCGGGCCCCCAGAGCCAGUCGCAGUCCUCGAGAUUGCGAGCACCAAAUAUCGUGGAUGAAAAUCAGGUCCCGUGGGAAAGCUCUGGGGCCCAGCACCCUUUUCCACCAGGACCAGUUUCCUUCAUGCAAUGAGCUCAGCCACUCAGAGUUCGUUCUGUUGCUGACGGCGUUCAGCAGCACCGCGGGCAUUUGAACAGCGCUGGAGCCUCACAAGUCGAUCUAGUUUCCUGGCCUGAGACCCGUUCAAGACGGCUCUAAUGCCCGCUACCUCCGAAACCGCGCC